GACCAGAAACACUCACACACAGCUGACCAGCUAUUGGCAGAAAGGGAAUUCGUGCCGUAUUGGGAGCACAGAGGCCCCAUUUGGAAAAAAAAAAAAACGGCACUGUGUGUUCUCAGUUCCUGCUUGGCUAAUACCCAACAGUAUAUGACGGUCACAAUAGAACAGAGAGGAGCGUUCGACAGGCAGGGCGACAAACCAGUUUUUGUGUUGUUGCGUGGAUCUCCCGUUUGCAGUCGUGUGAUUUAUUGCGGUUCCUCAGAUUCAACACCAUAAUGGAAGAGGACCACGCUACACCCGAGCAGCUGGCAGCGAUUGCAGCAGAAGCCGAAGGGAGCGAAAUCUCAGUCAACUACAAACCACCUGCCCAGAAGACCUUAGAGGAGAUCCAGAAACUGGACGAAGAUGACGAAAGCCUGCGCAAGUACAAGGAGGCCCUCCUGGGCAAGGAUUGUGCAGCUGCAGAUCCCAACGCCCCCAACGUCCAGGUGACGGGAAUGACUCUGGUAUGUGACUCGGCUCCGAAACCUCUGGUCCUUGACCUGCAGGGAGACCUGACCGGCUUCAAGAAGACCCCAAUCGUGCUGAAGGAGGGAAUCGAAUACAGAAUAAAAAUCUCCUUCAAGGUCAACAAGGAAAUUGUGUCAGGCCUGAAGUACUGUCAACAAACAUACAGGAAAGGAAUAAAAGUUGACAAGUCGGACUACAUGGUCGGCAGCUAUGCGCCCAAACCAACCGUACAGGAGUUCAUCACCCCCGUGGAGGAGUCACCCAAAGGGAUGAUGGCCCGCGGCAACUACACCAUCAAGUCCAAGUUCACCGAUGACGACCAACACGAUCAUCUCAGCUGGGAGUGGUGCCUCUCUAUCAAGAAAGACUGGACAGACUGAUCCCCUCUUCAACAUCCUCCAUCGACGUCUUCCUCUGCUUUGUCCCUCUCUCUCUUGCCGUCAUUCCAUUAUUCCUGUCUGGAUGUGUUGAUUUAAGCUUUUGCUCUCUCCGUCCAUCGACAACCCGCUCUUAUAUUUCCUUUUUUCUAAAUUCCAAUCACUCCAUCAUUCCUCCCCUCGUAACGCUUUCAUUUAUUUGGACCUGCACCUUUCUGUUAAGUAUCAAAUCUUUAAAAAAUGGAGAAAGCAAACAACAUGCACCAUCCAGAUUUUGCGGUUAUGGUUUGUUUAUGAAAGAAAAAGUAAAAAAAAUAUAGUUAACUGCUCUCAGAAAAAUGAUAAACUAUUGAUUCGCUCUGCCCUUUACCGCUGUCUUUUCUUUAUUUUUCCCGAUUGUUUUGUACAAUUACCGUGAUCUGCCUUGGAAAGCAUUGUACAGGAAGUAGUAGUGCUGUAUGUACGUGGCCACUGUGCGGUCACUGAGCAAUCAUUGCUGGACACAACCCUUGGACGCAGCCCUCCUAAAGCCUUUGAGCAGAUUAUUUGUACCAGGGUCUUGGUAAAUUAUUUGGAAUUCAGGCCACCUCUUUUUCAAAUUAUUUAGCGCCAUACAAAGUCUGCUGAGAGAACGGGGGGAAACUAAAUGACCUCUAACCCCCCUGUGACCCCUCGCUGUAGGUGUGGCUGUUCCUCUCCUGAUCAGGGUAUUUUGGCUUUUUUUUUCCUUUUAGCAAUGUGGCCUUAACAAGAACCCAUAGGAAGAAAUAGACAAUUUAAUUGAGCCUUUUGCCUUCAGAUUAUAUUUGCCAGAUCAUCAUGUGAGCCUGUUUUAACAAUACUUGUAAUACAUGGAAAGGGAAUCAGGACUGAGGACUUUUAACACCUUUUAUAUCAGGUUUGAUGAUUUGUUAAAGCCAUUACAUGUUGGUCCCAAUCAUGUUAGCUCUAUUUACAACACAUCUUUUUCUUGGCAGUACUUGUAGUUUUCUAAGUAUCAGUUAAAUUAACUUAAAUGAUCACCCUUGUUGUCCUCUAGUCCCUGAGGCCAUAUUUCCACCGCGUCCAAGGACUGUUAAACAGCUCACCUCGUAUUACUCAAGUUUAGAAAUACCAAUGCUGGCUGUGCCUCCAGUCUCUUACAACCACAUGCUGCUCCCGCUGACUCAGCAGCACUCUGUGCUCAACAUCAGUGAGGUGAAACGUCGUCUGUAAUUGACCUUUGAACUAGUAUAGAGAAUUCAGUCCCUAAUCAGACAUAUAAAAGUAUUUUCCUUUUUUAUACACUCCAGAAGUAUGGGAAUGAAGUCUGUUCCCGCAGCUUCGCUCAGCUCUUGUGUCAUGGACUGAUGUUUUUUCUCUGUGGGUUGGAUUUGACUCAAUGUGUGCUACUUGUAAUACUUACAGUUUACUGAUCUCCUGUGUUCAGAAUAAAGUGUUCAGACUGGG